UGUUGACUGUCCUGUUGUCUGAGCGACUUCGUGACACCUUGACUCGAAUUUUGUAGUAGACCAGUAAGAAGGCGUCAAUACAUAUGGCCGUGCGUCAUCAGAUUUUGCAUUUGAUUUUCCUUUGGGAUGCUGUAAUUGCAUCUGAUGAACUAUAUGCAAGUUAUCGCAAGGAUUUCUUCUAUCCCUAUGACGUUUACCGAGAAGUCAAUUUACCAGAUCCUGUGAAUGGCGGCAGGUUUCAUAUUGUUGGGGUUGCUGCAGCAGGGGGAAAUGUGGGGAAUGUUUAUCUGAAUGGCAAACAGGUGCAGCUGGUGAGUGGAAACUGGGACAUUGACUGGCUAAAGGUGUAUGACAACCCACUGGUUAAAGGGAAGUCAUUUUGGAUUUCAUUUCACACAAGGGACAAAUUUUGGGAUGGCAUUAACAAUGCAACACUAAAGCUAGAAACAUCCAAAGGUGAUGUGGUGGCAAAUGGUGCUUUUCAAAUUGCUAGCAAUCUUUGUAACAUCACGUACAUUACCACAAAUAUGAACAUGUCCACUGUGUAUGUGCACAUUCACAAUGGAUACACAGAAACAAGAACAAUAAACCAAAUAUUGUUCAAUGGGCAAGAUGUAACUGUCAUGGUGUCAAACAAAGCUAGUCUAUCAGUUUCAUCUCAGUCAGCUGUGAUGCUUGAAAUUCCAGUACAAGCCUAUAAUCUUUCACGUGGCAGUCUAAUGACAGUCGUUGUAACCUACAAGGAGUCGGGAUCUAUUCCCAGUGUAGCAGGCAGUCGUGUUGCUGUUCCUCACUUUCCAAUUGAAUCAUGGCCAAAGUCUGAUGAAUGCCCGUUCCCUACCAUGAAUGAUAAGAACUACGAGUUUAUAAGAAAGCAUGGAUUUGAUACAUUCUUCUUUCGUGAGCAUCCAUCAACUCAUUGCAGCAAUCCUGUUGAAGGGCAUAAAAUUAUUAGUGAAUUGGCUCCAAAGUAUGGAUUUUAUGGUCUUAUAACAACAGACGUGCCUCUUGAUAAAUGCAGUAAUCUGUCCAAUGCUCUUGCCAUGUUUAUGGGUGAUGAGGUAGAUUCAAAGAUUGAUGACAGUGUGCGUACUCGACUGACACAAAUUCUAUCUGUCCCACAAGAGUUACUUACUUACAUUGGAGGCUCUCGCUCACGACGUAGUGGGAUUUUUGCAGGCAUAACUGAUAUUCAAGGCAUGGACAUGUAUAUUGCAGCUUGUGCUCCUCACAUUCAAGAGUUUCUCCAUCCUCCACCACCACGUGGUUCUUAUGACUAUCUGAGACUUACUCGUAACAAUCAUAUGCCUCUCCCUACUUGGCUGUACUCACAAGCGUUUGAUGAUGGCUGGGAUUCAAAGGUUGGUAGUAUUGUUUUGCACCAUCGUCAGCCCAAACCAAAUGAGCUGCUUAUACAGGCCAUGUCAGUUAUUGCAGCAUGUGCUAAGGGUAUCAUGUACUUUCAAAGUGAGGUUGCUGAGAAUCAAUAUUAUCCAGACACAUGGGCUGCACUUGGUCAAUUUAAUAAAGAUAUUGGAGCUGUGCGUGAGUACUUAAGGACAGGUGAUUGUACAGACAUGGUGACUAAUAGUGAUGGAGAUGGCCUCAAUGCAGACACGGUGGCCCAAGCCAUUAGAUCAAAGAAUGCAAUUAUAGUGCCUGUUGUCAGUUUCCAUAAUCAUGGAGGAUAUAAUGAUCCAGGAUGUGCAAUUGGUGAGGACUUGCACUGGCAGAUAUGGGAUCACACUAUUGACCAGAUCAAUUUGAAACUUCCAUCAGACUUUGGAUCAGUUGUUGAUACAUUUGAAGUUAUGAAUGGCAAGAUUUCUGAUAUUCCUGGUGUGGAAGUUAAGACAAAUGAGGUUGUGAUCACUCACUUGCAUAUGCCAAAAGAUCAUCCCAUUCAUUUGUUUGUUCUUGCCAACACACCAGAUGUUAGAAAGGACAUUCAGAGCAAGCUUAAAUGAUUGUUAACUGUCUACUGACUGUGGUUCUGCUAUCCAUACUGCACUCUAGCUGUCUCAUGAUAUCAUAUUUUUUAUACAUUAACUCAAGUAUUUGCCUACUCACCAUGGUACUAUACUGGUAUUAUGCCAAAUUCAGUUUCUUCUGGAGUAUCAUUUUUAUUAUGCUUUUUCAUUCAUUUUUUUAUGUAUGGUGGUACAGUGGCAACUACAUAAGAUGAAAUAUUGGUAGUAACUUGUUUUGGUAUUUUCCUGGAAGAGUAUAUCAGUGGAUUAUAUUUUGGUG